CUCUGCUGCUGUGAUAACAGGCUGCUGCUUCAGUUCUGUUAUCUUCGUUCCCCGCCGUCCGAGCAGCGGACCUGACCCGGACCUCUACCAGGAUUUAUUCAAUUCUUAUGAAACCUCACUUUUAGCCGAAGUGCUCCUCUCAUGGUGUCCCCGGGAGAUUCCCCGGCCUCUAUUCGACUUUACGGAAACUAUCGGCGACCGUUUUGGGGUCUUGUAAAUCAUGGAAACGUGGUUUUUGAAUCACGUCCUCGGUUUGUCUCUGUCGGUCCUCCUGGUGGGUCUACCGUGGCCCCUCGGGGCAGGGACCCCCAGUAACAACAGCACGGAUCCGGUAACAGCAGGAUUUGACAUUUCUACCGCCACAGAUGAACUCAAUAACGUGGAAAACAAUGCAACUUCAACUUCAUACUCCAGCGAGAGUUUAUCACCAUCACAGAGGAACAUCCUGCUCACACACACUGCUGAAACACACACUGCUGCUGCUGGAAACUUCGACACUGAGCAGACACAGACUUUAACAGAAACAAGCAGCAGUUCACUGGAACCCAUCAGUUUGUCUACUGAGCCCCUCACUUCCACCCUUGCUGUAGCCACCACUGAGGCCGCCAGCAGCAGCAGCAGCAGCGGUAGCAGCAGCAGCAGCAGCAGCAGCAGCAGCAGCAGCAGCAGGGACUGGAUGGACUCCACUAACACAGACCAGCUGCCAGACGCCUCCUCUGCUGUGUCUCAGGUGGGGCCUCGAUUCUCAGUGUCCACAAAAGAGGCCAGACUGCCUCGGAACAGCCCAGGAGACACAGCAUCCAUCAGCACCUACACCUCCACCACCAUCACCAGAGCAGGAGAGAGGACCCUGCUGUCUGUCACCUCAUCUUCAAGCAACAGCACCUCCUCUUUCUUUACUGAUGACUCCAACUCCCAGCAGCCUUCUUCCACCUGGGGGAUUUCUACUAAGACUGAAGACCACACCCACAAUGCCCCUUCCACUAGGACUGACAGCGGGGAUACAACAGAUCAGCACAUGACCCACUCCUUUGCAGAGACUGGAAGACCCAGAGGGUUUGAAUUUUUCAACAAACAACAUAACACCACCCAGCAUCAGCAAAACUACACAUCAGAGGACACCUCCGACUCAACACCACCUAUAAGAGUGACAGAGCCCAGCACAGACCAAUCAGAUGUGUCUGUUUCCUCAACUCCUCCUCUCACGUCACCUGCAGAGGGUCUCAGCAAUAUCUCAGGGACAGAUCAGGGGUCAGACCCUGGUGUAGGAACCUCCACUGAGUCCUCCACCGGAGCCCACAGCCACAGCACUCAGAACCAGGAGGGAACUGAAGGGGUUUCAUCCCAGACUGGAGAGCACAGUGUGAGCUGGGGUCUGACCACAGCGCCUCCUGCAAUCAGCAUCAGCACAUCCGGACUGGAUGACUCUGUAACAGAAACUUCAGUGUUUGUUACCAAGGUCGUCCUCAGUACAACACCCGUCACUGUCACAGAGAGAUCACAGAUCACAGAAGAAGACACUUUCCAAGCCUCUCCCUCCACCUCCACCACCACCACCACCACUCCCACCUCUCCUCUCCCCGAAACCUCCUCCUUCAGCUUCAGAAGCACCACCAGCAGCUCUACUCCAGAGUCAUCUACCGAGGCCACUUUCCUGUACACCACAAUCCCCACCACAACCUCCACCCCAACCCUGCGGACCUCUGUCGCUCAUCCAACUCACCCCUUGUCACCCAGCCACACCCAGGGGCCCUCCACCGAGGUUGCCAGCCCUACCAACGUCUCCACCCUGCAAGCAGCGACCACCACGGGCACGCUGGGAGUCACCACGGCACAUGGCCAACACACCACCACUACCUACACCCAGAGCACCCCGACCAAGAGUACAGAGGCUCUGCAGACUACUGGGAGGCGGGCAGGGGGUGGAGCUGCAGAGCCGGUAGUGACUACAGCGACCACUGGCUUCAGCACCACCGAGGCAGCACUGCUUUCAAGAAACCCCUGUGUGUCCAACCCUUGUAUGAAUGGAGGCACGUGUGUCAGCUUUGAAGUGCAUGAAUUCAGCUGUCACUGUCAGCAGUCAUGGACAGGACCCACCUGCAACCAGGAUAUGGAUGAAUGUGAGAGGGACCCCUGUCCUGUCGGGUCCAGGUGUGGAAACACGAGAGGUUCUUUCAGCUGUGAAUGUCCGCUUGGCUUUGACCUGGAGGACGGACGCACCUGCACUAGAGCAAAGACAUUCCUGGGAACAUUCAGUGUAAACAGACAGCCACAUGACCCUGUUGUUUUCAAGAGCGGCACCCUGCAUGAGAUUCAGAGAGAGAUCAUUCAGCUGCUCAACGCUUCUCUGUCAGUUCUCCGAGGCUACAGCCGCUCAACACUAAGCAGGAAAGGAGAAGACGGGGUUCUUAUCUCAGCUGUCAACAUGUUUUCCAUUUCCACCGACGUGACGAGCGCUGAGGUCUACAACAGCAUCCAGAUGUCUCUCAGCAACUGCAGCUCUUCAUUGGCCCACUGCCGGAUGGUGCUUCACCACCAGCUCACAUUUCAAGCGGAAAGUCUGUGUGUGGCCCAGAAGACUCAGUGUGACACAGAGCGCUCCACCUGCACAGAUAACAGCGGCACAGCCUUCUGCCAAUGUCUGCCAGGAUACUACAAACACAACCCUGAAGACCUGUCCUGCUUAGAAUGUGGUGAUGGCUACAAGCUGGAGAAUGGCACCUGUGUCCCGUGCAUGUUUGGAUUUGGAGGAUUCAACUGUGGAAAUUUUUACAAGCUGAUUGCAGUUGUGGUGUCACCUGCAGGGGGCGGUGUGCUCCUUAUCCUCUUCAUUGCUCUCAUUGUCACCUGUUGCAAGAGAGACAAGAAUGACAUCAACAAGAUCAUCUUCAAAAGUGGAGACAUGCAGAUGUCCCCAUAUGCAGACUUCCCUAAAAGUAACCGCAUAUCCAUGGAGUGGGGGAGGGAAACCAUAGAGAUGCAGGAGAACGGCAGCACCAAAAAUCUGCUCCAGAUGACUGACAUUUACUACUCUCCUGCACUGCGUAACUCAGACCUGGAGAGAAACGGCCUGUACCCGUUCACUGGCCUGCCGGGUUCUCGUCACUCCUGCAUAUAUCCUGCCCAGUGGAACCCUUCCUUCGUCAAUGAUGAUUCACGAAGAAGAGACUACUUUUAACCGCCCCAAAUGCAACACACACAAGCACAAAUUCACCAUCUCCUUUACUGAAAAUUGUGAAGUGUCACGAUGGAAUUCUUUCACCAUAAAUAUGCUAACAUGUGAGCCUCACUGUUUUAGGGGUGCUCAUUUCACCAUCUACAGUCAUGGUUUGCCUGCUGUGUGUGUUGAAGUGUUGUGUGUGUGUGUCUUCAUAUACAUGAAAGUGCACAUUUUUGCAAGUGAAAUGUUUCCCAGAGUAUUCUUGAGAGACCAUUUCAGUGUUUUUGCAUACUUUAGCUCAUUUACUGUAACACACAUUACACGCUGCUUUAGUGUUAGAGACUGUUUAAUGAGUUUUUUCUGCCUUCCAGGCAAUCGCUGAUUCUCACUUUAGUGCGUGAUGAAAAACAACUUUAUGAUGCUUCAAAUGUGCCUGAGGUGGUUGAUCCAUGACAGUGAACAUCAAAUCAGCCUUUCUUGUUGUUAGGUUGUGUUGGUAUGUUGGUAAUGCAGAUUUGUUUUAAAAAUCUGCACUGCAGACUGCAAUGAAGGAAAAUAGAUAUGAUGCUCAUUGUGCUCAUAUUAAGGAGUUAUUGACUGCAAAUGAAUCAAUAGAAACCAGCAGUUAUAUUAUAUUAUGAUUAUGCCCGCUGUAACAAAAAGACAGACAUUCAAAAACAUUGAAAUGGUCCCAUAAGUUCUAGACUCUAAAUGUGUGUGCCACUGCUGUGAUUUGAAAACAUAAAAUACUGAUGGAACAAAACCACAAAAGACCACUGACAUUAGAAACUGAGGAAGGACUUUGAAUCCCACUGCCAGCUUUUAUUUAUUCCCUUUAUGUCCAUGUUGUAGACACGUAGCAUAGCGGACAUCUCAUGGAUACACACUGACAGACUGUAGAUGGAAGAACCUGUGGCUUUAAGUGUAUGUGUGUGUGUGUGUGUGUGUGUGUGUGUGUGUGUGUAUGUGUGUGUGAGAGAGAGAGGGAGACUAUGUGUGCUUUAAGUAUUAGUGUUUUUUGAGUGUGCAUAUAUGCGUGUGUGUAGAGUCAUAUUUUGUAUACAAGAAGAAUCAUACUGUUCAUGAAUGUAAAGAAUGUAAAGGUGUAUAAUUAGUUUGCUAUUUCUUACAUGGAGUAUUAUUUUUGUGUGACUGUUUUCUCUGUUUGUGAUUACGUGAUUUAUCAGUUCUGGCGUUUUAGUCAGAGGCGCUUAUUUAAAUAAAACAUUUGCACAGAU